UAAUUCUGACCAGUUCUAUUGGAAUUUUACCUCAGCAGGAGAAGCAGCAAUGUCUGACAAAAAUGUUCUACAAGCUUGGGACUAUGUAAUAUUUGCCUCUAUGCUACUUGUAUCAACUAUAAUCGGCAUUUAUUUUGCUUAUAAAAAUAAAAAGGGAAAAGGAUUAACUACAGAAGAAUUCUUGAUAGGAAGUCGACAAAUUUCUGCUUUCCCAAUUGCACUUUCACUGGCUGCCAGUUUUUUGUCUGCUAUCACCGUGAUUGGAGGCCCUGCAGAAGUUUACCUAUAUGGAAUAAUGGUUGUGAUGUUUACAAUGGCCUGCCUACUUACAAUGACAAUCACCUGUCUGAUCUACAUCCCCCUCUUCUACAGAUUAAAUAUCAUCAGCACAUAUGAGUAUAUUAAUAGAAGAUUUGGUUCUGCUGUGAAAUAUGAAGUUAUUUUUGCCUUCUUGUUGUACAUGAGCAUUUAUCUUGGUAUUGCCACCUAUGCACCUGCAUUAGCACUUAGCGAAGUUACCGGGGUAAACUUAUGGACUUCCAUCAUGACGACCGGAUUCGUAUGUACACUGUAUACAACACUAGGUGGCAUAAAAGCUGUUGUGUGGACAGAUGUUUUCCAGAUCUGUAUAAUGUUGGCUGGUCUUCUUGCUUUGAUGAUUCAAGGCUUAAUCCACAGUGGAGGCUUUGGAAAGGUUUGGAAAAUUGCAGAGGAAGGAGGACGUCUCAAUCUUUUUGACUUUGACCCUGACCCAAGGAAAAGACAUACGUUUUGGACCACGGUGAUAGGAGGCACAUUUGGAUGGACAGCGAUAUACAGUUGUAAUCAAGCACAGAUCCAAAGAUAUCUCGCCUGCAGAAGUGAAAAAGAGGCAAAAGUGGCUGUAUUCUUGAACUGGGUUGGCAUGCUUUUAGUGACAAUUGCGGCUUGCAUGUGUGGUCUGGUUAUGUAUGCUGUUUAUGAGAACUGUGAUCCAAUGGAGGCAAAGAGAAUCACUAACGCUAAUCAGAUGGCACCAUUACUCGUUUUGGAGAUCUUAUCUCAUGUGCCUGGAGCUCCAGGGCUGUUUAUUGCCAGUGCAUUUAGUGGCACUCUGAGCACAAUCUCCUCAGGAAUCAAUGCCAUUGCUGCAAUCUUUGUGGAAGAUAUUAUAAAACCGAACAGCAAAUCUUGGAAGCAUUAUUCUGAACACAAGAGAGCACUGAUUUCAAAGCUUCUAGCUAUGAUAUUUGGACUUGCAACAAUGGGUAUGGCAGGAAUAACAUCACUCUUUCAAGAAAACGUCAUGCAGCUAGCCCGAAGUAUUGAUGGGCUAAUUCUUGGACCCAUUCUGGGGGUAUUUACUUUAGCAGCUUUGUUUCCAAAUUGUAAUGGGAAGGGAGCAUUUGUGGGCAUGCUUAUCGCUUUUGCUGCUUCACUUUCUCUGGGAAUCUGUUCGCAUGUGUAUCCACCUGCUGACAAGUUCACAAGGAAGCUCAAAACAUCAACAGAAGGCUGUCAUUUAUUUAAUAUCACCGUCCUGACCCCUAUGAAUAGAUCAUCUUUCAUCUCAAACAUGGUGAAAUCUCCAACAUCGGACAAAACCGAGAGCAUGAUUGAAAAUAUUGGCUCUUUGUCCUAUGGAUAUUAUACCCCCGUUGGCUGCUUGAUUGCGAUUAUAAUUGGUUUGCUGAUCAGUUUGGCUACUGGAGGUGCCAAGAACGUGGAUCCAACUCUCAUUGCUCCUAUACUUCAUACUAUUCACAAGAACAUAUUUAAAAAAGAACCUGCUACUCCACCACACGAGACAGCCGUAGAACUGUUAGAAACCACUACUGAAAAAAAAUUAAAUACUGCUCACCAUUCUUCCAAUUCACAGAAUGAAAAACCUCUACAGCCCCUGGUAUCUGAAUAAAUAUUGAAAUAAUGUUGGGAUCUUUGACCUGUGCUAAAGAAGAUAUACGAGCACAACUAAGGUGCAAAAGAUUAAAUUUAAAUUUUAAGGUAAUGCUAGAUAUUGACAGAUUGAACUGGAAAGGAAGUAAGUAAUUAACUGAACUGUUAAGAAUGAGUAACCACCAGAUUUUAAGUGUUGUAAAACUUUGCUCUGUAAUGGUUCAUAACUUGCUCAGUAUAUUAGGACACCAUUCUACAUGCUUACAAGACCAAAAUUCUUUUCUGUGUAGCUUAUGUCACAAUGUGUGAGUUGCCAGUAGUCACUACAUUGCCCCUAUUACAUUAUAAAAUACGAAUAGUCCUGAAUUGAAACAAAGGUACUGUUAGCUGUCUGCAUCUUUGAAAUAUGUAUUUUCAAUGAUUGUUAACAGUAGAAUCCACAGAGUGUUUGAGAGCAAACGUAUGUGAAAAUCAUUUUUCUGUUUUAUGUUGUAGCAUUUAACUCCUGUAUAAGCAAUGUAUUUCGACACAACUGACUCAAGUUAUCUUGAGUUGACAUAAAAAUGGAUAAUAGUGUUAACACAACAACUUGUGUGGUUGCUGAUAGAGAACUGAGGCUGAGCUCUGCUGUUGUAUCCUGACAUUGUCUGAACAUUUCAUUUGAAAUGGAUUGUGUUUUAAAAUGAAUGUCCAUUAAUAUGUAAUUUGAUUAUUAGAACAAUUAGUUCUAUUAAUCUAUUUCACCUGUGAUGUAAUGCAUCUGAUCAUAACUGAUUCUUACAAUUAGUGCAGUCUUCGAGCAGAAUUCAAUUUAAUUAUAUCACAUAUCAAACAUUGAAAUGUUAACUACAGCUGAUUUUGCCCUUUCCUGAGUCGUACAGGAUCUAAAAUAAAAUUUGAAAACAAUCAAGAAUAAGAGUGAAUUCCCACUUGUGUUUACAUUUUCGAAUGUACCUACAAACUCUUAAGGUGAAACCUGGGUAACAUUCUCCAGGCACAAUGGUAGGCCUUUCCCUCUUCAUAGUAGAGUGAUCUCACCGGCAGGCAGCCGGUGCUCACCUUCUACUUUUGCCUCAAUGUUUCAGUCUCCUUCGUUGCUUUAACGGAGUUGAACAUUGGCUCGCGCGCUGUCCCGCAGCCUGCUUGCCACGCUGCCUCUGUCUCUCAGAAUCCUCUCGGAGUCUGCAGAACGCUGAAAGAGUUGUAACACCCAGGCUAUCUCCAAACUGCAAAUCACAGGCUCUAACAGAAUCACACUCGAGUUGAAAAACAAAUAUAAAAGACAUAAAAGAAGUGAAAUAUAUGGUUUCAUGGUCUACCCAGAAGAUAUUGACUGAAAGAGCGUUAUACAUAGGCGCCAUCUUGACCCGAAGCAUCUCCAAAAGGUUUAUUGUCAGGAGGCCGAAAUGGGAAUAAAGGAAUCCUUUUCUGAUUGGCUGCCUCUGCUUAGUGGUGUUCUGCAGGAGUUGGUGUUGGGACCACUUCUUUUUACAUUGUAUGUCAAUGAUUUGGAUGACAGAUUGAUGGCUUUGAGGCUAAGUUUGUGGACAAUAUGAAGAUAGAUUAAGGGGCUGGUAGUGUUCAGGAGGCAGGGAGGCUGCAGGACUAGACAGAUUAGAAGAAUAGGCUAAGAAAUGGCAGAUAGAAUACAGUGCUGGGAAGUGUAUGGUCACACACUUUAUUAGAAGGAAUAAAAGCGUAAACUAUGUUAGAGCAAUUAAGGAUUUAGUAAAUUUACAUUAGCAAAUGAUUUCUCAGCCACCAAUCUUCAAAUCUGAAUGUAAAUUGUAGAUUUAAUUUAAAUAAAAAAUAGGUUCCUAAAAGCUGUGAAUCACAGACCAGACAAUGCUGAUUAAGUAAUUUAGGUGUCUGUGGUGUGGGUGUGAAUCGGAAGAUGGGAAGUUUAUGUGUAGUUUCAAAGAAAUCAUUGCAGAUAAAUUGUAAACAUGAAAUUGUUCUUUGAAGUUUAGCACAUAAAACUUUGAGCCCCACAUUGGGCCCGCUAGACCUUUCGACCGAAAGUGUCUCCAUAUGAUUGAUGCCUGUAUCUUGUUUUGCCAAAUAAAGAAGCUGCUUCAUAUCUA